CAAUCACAACACACACCCCUCCUAAUUAAUUACCUGUUUGACUCACUUACUAUCUAUAUAACGUUCGGAAUUUACCUCCCCCUUUUAAAUUAUGAUACUAAGAAACAUUCUGUUUAGAUCAAUAUCUACCACCACUAGAAUGUUACGUGACGUACCAAAGUACGAUAUGCGAACUGAUGCGAUAACAAAUGCCGCUACAUCCAUUGCGCCAUUGGAUGUGCUUUUAGAUACCGCCUGGGUGAGACACCAUCUUUAUAUGAUUGGCUCGGAUCUAGUAAGACUUACUCUUUACCAGAAGUUGAGCCAUUUGAUUGAAUUUGGAGGUGGCCCUGUCAUUAAGAACCUAGUAUAUGAGAUGUCCUCUUUCCUUAAGCAGGAAUUGGGAUCGGAUCGCAGUCUGACCACCACGGCUGCGCAGCAGUUACGAGACUUGGUAUACUUUGGGUCAAACGUAGGGGUAGUUGCCCCAGCAGUUUACAGACGUUAUAAUAUUCCUGAUUUCAGAUGGAUAUACAUAACCAUUGGUUACAUGGUGAUUUCACAGCCCAAUGAUUUGGCCGAAGAUGUGAUAAAUCGAGUCAUUGACAUCUACAUUAACACUCGUAACUCUCCAUAUCUUAGUAAAACAAGAGCUGAGCCAUCAACAAUAGUCAGUGUUGCCAAGGACUACUACAAACACGUACCAAUCAACUACAACAAGCUUUAUUCAAACACCAAGUCUCGUUACAUCACACUCCAGGAGACUAAAGACUAUAAAAUUAUGCUCCCACCACUUCCUAGGCUUAAAAACAAGGAAACCCUUGUCAAGGCUCUCAUACAUAAGGAGCUUUACAGAGCUUGGCUUGAGCCAAACCACAAGUUUGCCCAGAGACUUUUAGAACUUAAUGUAGAUCUUGAUGAUUCAAGCACAAAGGAUACCCUCAAGUACGAAUUGUCAUUUUUAGACGGGUUAGGCGACCUUUUCCUUGCAAGAGAGAGUUCGAACUUAUUGUACAAGUUCAAAGGGGUACCACCACUGGAUGAUAAUGGUACCUUCAGCACGAGAACGUAUAACCAACUUAGAAUAAUACUUGCCACCAAUACCCUUCUUUCAAAGCUUGCAAUAGCUUACAAGCUCCAUGAAGGUUUGAGCGAUAAAAGAGUUCAUGAUUUAUUGAUUAAAUCAUACGUUCCAAAUAUUGGUAAGUGGGAGGAUCCUGACUUUAACGACGAUGACUGCAGGAGAUACGAGCAGGAAUUCCUUGCGGAUUACUUUGAGCAGUACAUUGGUGCAUUAUUCUUGGAGCAGCCAGAAGUUGCACAGCACUUUAUCCUGGAGAUAUACGAAAAUAUUUUGAGACUGAUUUCAGACGUUCAUAAACUUACUGGUAAGGAGCGCAAGAAGUUCCAUCAUCCAUACGAUUACAGAGCUUGGAGUGUUGAUGUCAUUGGCAGAAAUAUUUGGAGAUGAUUUCGUUUACCAAAAUCUAUCUCUCUUCUUUUUUUUUUAUAGUUACUCUUAUGUAUUUACGUAUAUUAUUAAAUCAGAAUGCAUGUUGGAGGUUUUCUAGCUA